AUGACUCUGCUUCUCCUGUCGAUCCUGGUUCUUCCCUUCAACAAAGCUUUGGAUCCUCAGUGCAUCCUGCAAAAUGACUUUAAACCAGGCUUUAUGGCUGGUGGAGACUUCAUCAUAGGGGGAAUUUUCCCUCUGCAUUUUAAUCUGGAAAAGUCAGACCUAGACUUUACUUAUAAACCAGGACAAUUGCAGUGCAACGGGUUAAAUCCCAGAGCUUUGCGCUGGGCUCUGGCCAUGAGGCUUGCCAUAGAUGAGAUUAAUAACAGUACUGAGCUGUUACCUGAUCACAUUCUGGGCUAUAAAAUAUUUGACUCCUGCACAUACCCUCUCGCUGCACAGAGAGCAGGUCUGGCUGUUUUAAACGGGCCAAGUGAGGCGGAUCGGCCCAUGUGUUCUGUUGCUAGCCCCAUGCUGGCCAUCAUCGGUGAAUCUGGGUCGGCCGAGUCAAUAGUGAUAUCUAGAGUCUUACAGCCUUUCAGAAUCCCUAUGAUCAGCUACUUCUCAUCCUGUGCCUGCCUCAGCAACAGGAGAGACUUCCCCACAUUCUUCAGGGUGAUCCCCAGUGAUGCAUACCAAGUAAAAGCCAUUGCAAAGAUGCUGAUUCAUUUCAACUGGACUUGGAUUGGAGUGGUGCGAGGGGACCAUGCAUAUGGACGCUCUGCUCUCCAGGACCUGCUGAAGCAGCUGGAGGGUACAGGUGUGUGUGUGGCCUACCAAGAGAUGAUCCCCUCCCUGUAUAACAAACAGAGGACAAUUGAAAUCAUCCGAGUGAUGAACAGCUCCAGUGCACGAGUUGUCGUUGCAUUCAUUGGGGAGGGGGACCUCACUCAUUUCAUGCGGGACUUCAUGGAACUAAAUGUCACUGGAAUCCAAUGGAUAGCCAGUGAGGCCUGGGUGACAGCUGCAGUGUUCACUGGAAGCAAUUUCUACCCCUACCUUGGUGGCACCAUUGGGUUUGGGAUAAGGCAAGGCAACAUCCCACGGCUGAAGGAAUAUCUGAUGACAGUGAACCCAGAGAGAUACCCUACCAACCCCCUGGUUCUAGAGCUGUGGGAGGCUAUUUAUGGCUGCACUCCCUUCUCUUCAGGCAGUAGUAGUGAGUUGCCCUUCUGCACUGGGCAGGAGACCAUCAAAACGCAGCACUCAGCCUAUUGGAACACCUCCAGCACUCGCAUUACUUACAAUGUCUAUAAAGGUGUGUAUGCCAUUGCUCACUCCCUACAUAAUCUCAUUUCCUGCCGACCUGGAAGAGGCCCAUUCAGUAACUCCACUUGUGCAGACAACACCAAAGUCUUCCCAUGGCAGCUCCAGCAUUACCUCCAAGAAGUGUCUUUCACUGUCUCAGGAGAGUUGGUGAACUUUGAUGCAAAGGGUGACUCGAUCCCAUCCUAUGACCUGAUCAACUGGCAGAAGGGCAGAGAUGGCAAUAUCGAGCUGGUCAAUGUGGGCUUGUACGAUGAAGCUCAGGAGGUCGGGAAAGAGCUGAUCAUUUAUGACAUAGCUCUCACAUGGCCUGGAGAUCAGACUGAGGCAAGCUGCUCUCAGAAUGUAGUUCAGUACAUGAGAUGCCUCCUGUUGAAGUUCUGUAGGGUCAAAUGGAGGAACACUCCAAUAGUGCGCAUCAACAACUCAGAGCUGAGCUUCUUUAUCCUGAUCUCCUUGACACUGUGUUUCCUGUGUGCAUUGAUCUUUAUUGGAGAGCCCACUUCCUGGUCAUGCAUGCUGCGCCACACUGCUUUCAGCAUCACCUUCUCCCUCUGCAUCUCCUGCAUCCUGGGAAAAACGUUAGUGGUUCUGGCUGCUUUCACAGCCACCCGGCCUGGAAACAAUGUGAUGAAAUGGCUCGGGCCUGUGCAGCAGAGGAUCAUCAUCUUUAGCUGCACUUUAGUCCAGAUCAUCAUCUGUACAGCUUGGCUCAUAGCCUCCCCUCCAUUCCCGUACAGAAACACACAGUACCAACACUCCAAGAUCAUUCUGGACUGCAGUGUGGGCUCAGAUCUGGCUUUCUGCACUUUGAGGUUGCUCUCCUGGCCCCUCGAAGUGCCGGGAGCCACUGAGCAGAUUAUGCAGCUCACUUUAAGUUUGAUGCCAUUUGUGUCAAUGUUGCUGAUAACUGGACUCAGACCAGCAACAUGUAAAGCUAACCCGGUUAGCUGCAGGUUGUGGGCUGAUCCUCAACUGCCUGGUCUUUCCAUGAACGGAGAUUUUGUGAUUGGAGGGAUUUUCUCCAUCCAUUACUAUAUGAAAUCCGAACCGAACACCUACACCAAGCUUCCACUACAACCACAGUGUUCUGGGAGUAUGGACUUCAGAGAAUUCCGCUUCGCACGUGCCAUGGAGUUCACCAUUCACGAGAUCAACAACAGAACUGAUCUCCUGCCAGGAAUCACGUUAGGCUUCCAGAUACACGACUCAUGCUCUGCCGUGCCGAUGGCAAUCAAAGUUGCAUUUCAGUUUGCUAAUGGCUUGGAGUCAUCCUUUAAUGACUCUGAAUCCUGUCCAAAAUCUGCAGCUGCGGCUGUACCAGCUCUCGUAGGGGAGUCUGCAUCGACACCCUCAAUUAGCAUGGCCAGAAUCCUGGGUCUGUUUGGAAUUCCACAGGUCAGCAACUAUGCAACCUGCGCGUGUCUGAGUGAUAAGCGUCAGUAUCCUGCCUUCUUCAGGACGGUACCAAGUGACCAACACCAAGCUGCUGCCUUGGCAAGAAUGGUCAAGCACUUUGGUUGGACGUGGAUUGGGGCAGUGCGCAGUGAUUCAGAUUAUGGUAAUAAUGGAAUGGCAACGUUUCUAAAAGCUGCGCAGGAGGAGGGUAUCUGCGUGGAGUACUCGGAGGCCUAUUACCGAACACAACCGCGCAGCAAACUGGAGAGAGUGGCAAACGUUAUCCGCAGAUCAACAGCUCGGGUAAUAGUGGCGUUUCUUGCUUCGGGUGACAUGAAGUUCCUGCUGGAAGAACUCGCACGAGAUCCACCGCCUCCCCUCCAGUGGAUAGGCAGUGAAACUUGGAUAAUAGAGACCGAAUUUCUUAAAUUUAACAUGUGCUCUGGGGCAGUGGGGUUUGGCAUCCCUCAGUCAGUGAUUCCAGGUCUUCGGGAGUUUCUUCUAGACCUAACUCCAGCCCAAGCACUGAAAUCACAUCUACUGACAGAGUUUUGGGAGCGCUCUUUCAGCUGUAGCCUAAAAGGACAGACUGACUAUUCAGAGGGCGCGCGGGAAUGUGACGGUAGUGAGGACAUCCGCGCGCUGCAGAACCCGUACACAGACACGUCGCAACUACGUGUCACUAACAUGGUGUAUAAAGCCACGUAUGCCAUAGCGCAUGCCAUCCACGGUGUAAUCUGUAAUGAUACACAGUGCGACAAGACCACUAAAUUCGCCCCUUGGCAGAUACUCCAGCAGCUCAAACGUGUGAACUUUACAACAAAGAAUGGUUAUCGUGUCAAUUUCGAUUCCAAAGGAGAUCCUGCGGCUGCUUAUGAACUCAUAAACUGGCAGAUUAAGAAAGAUGGCACAAUUGAUUUCGUCACAGUGGGCCAAUAUGACUCAUCAAAACCAAGAGGCCAAGAGUUUAGUAUAAGCAGAUCUAUUAGCUGGAUGGGGGGACAAACAGAGGUGCCAGUGUCUGUGUGCAGUGAGAGCUGUCCACCUGGGACCAGGAAAGCUGUGCAGAAAGGAAAGCCUAUCUGCUGCUAUGACUGUAUACCUUGUGCAGAAGGAGAGAUCAGUAACAGCACAGACUCUUUAAAUUGUGUACGCUGCCCCCCUGAGUUCUGGCCAAAUGUUCAGCGAGACAGCUGCUACCCCAAGCCUGUGGAGUUCCUUUCCUGGGAUGACACUCUGAGCAUCAUCCUGACAGUGUUCUCUGUUGCUGGGGCCUUUGUGGCUGUGUGCAUUGGCGCUAUCUUCUACAAACACAGAACUUCUCCCAUUGUCCGAGCCAACAAUUCAGAGUUGAGCUUUCUGCUGCUCUUUUCACUUACUUUGUGUUUCCUCUGUUCACUUACUUUCAUUGGUCGACCCUCUGAGUGGUCCUGUAUGCUGCGUCACACAGCGUUUGGGAUCACCUUCGUCCUCUGCAUCUCCUGUGUUCUGGGGAAAACAAUAGUGGUGUUAAUGGCCUUCAGAGCUACACUUCCAGGAAGUAAUGUAAUGAAAUGGUUUGGGCCUCCACAGCAGAGACUUAGUGUUCUUGCUUUUACCCUCAUACAGAUUAUCAUUUGUAUUCUGUGGUUAACAAUAUCCCCUCCAUUUCCAUUGAAAAAUUUUAAACAUUACAAGGAAAGAAUAAUCCUGGAAUGUGGGCUGGGUUCUGCAAUAGGUUUCUGGGCUGUGCUGGGUUAUAUAGGACUCUUGGCACUUUUGUGUUUUGUUUUGGCUUUUCUGGCUCGGAAGCUUCCAGAUAACUUCAAUGAAGCCAAAUUCAUCACAUUCAGCAUGCUCAUAUUCUGUGCUGUCUGGAUCACCUUCAUCCCAGCUUAUGUUAGUUCUCCUGGAAAGUUCACCGUAGCUGUGGAGAUAUUUGCAAUACUUGCUUCAAGCUUUGGUUUAAUUAUUUGCAUUUUUGCUCCCAAAUGUUUUGUAAUUGUUUUUAGGCCAGAGAAAAAUACCAAGAAACAUCUUAUGGGCAAAGUACCAUCUAAGGCUCUUUGAGAUAUUUACAAAAAUAUAUAUUGAUAAGGGUUUCUUAUCAGAAGGUCUUUUAUAACCAUUGCAAUUCCCUUUUUUCAGUUUUAUGAUGAUCUCUAUGUUUUAUGUCACAAAAUGUAAAUCAUUGGAAUGAUUAAAAGGUCACACUGUAAAUGAAAAACACAAAUUGAUUUGAAAUAACAUUAGAUGUUAAUGACACAAAACGUUAAAAACCAUACAAUUACUAAACUAAAUAGAACUAGGAUUACAUAAAAAAAACAGAGCUUUAAAUUUGAGCUUUACAUUUUUCUGCUAAUGUACAGUUUAAAAAAGUAAUUUGUAUGGAAGCAAAAGGUAUGUUUAAAGUAUCACUUUCUCACUCAUAUGUGAUAAAAAAAAUAAUUUAUGUAAAUUGCAAUAAAUUAAAUUCAACUUCAAUUUAUAUUGAAAUUCAUUCAUUGAAAUUAAUUAAACUCUAAAUUCUGCACAACCCUGACUGACACUCUUUUCAACUUUAGUUUAAAGACAAGACAAGGCAACUAUAUUUACCAUAGUAUUGGACACAUAUGGGAUUUGGCCUUUGUCUUUAACCUGUCCUGUCCUUGCAAUAAAAACACAAUGAUAAGUGAACACACAAUAACAUGGCUAGUGCAUGCCUAGCAAUGAGCAGCUAUUGAUGUAACACCGGGGACGCAGUGAGGGUUAGGGGCCUUUAUCAAGGGCCUAAUAAUGACAUCUUGCAAAACCCACGUUUCAAACCCACAAUCCUUAGUGACCAUGAGCUAUAACUGCUAAAUUGCUAGUCUCCAUUGCUUAUAUCUCACAAUGAUGAUCAAUAAUACAUUUGUUGGCAAUAAUAAAUCUGAGCAUGUGCGUUUAUAAAAUCUUAAUAUAAUUCAUAUAUGAGGAGACUUAAAUGGCCUUUGAGAAACACUUCAAAAAAUACAUUGUUAAAGUUCAUUAAUCAAAUAUCAUUCUUAAAGGGGUACCAGGUGUGAUUCUAGAAUAUUCUUACCAAUUUAUAACUUACUAAGCACUUAUUGAAGUUCACGUGCAGUUCUAUCUCAAAACCAGUAGAUGUCACUAAUAGCCACUUUCGUUAAAAACUCUGACGUGCUAAUUCUAUGGAAGGCAAAAAAAAAUUGCAUCAGAUACAUUAUACUACUAGCAACAUAAAUAUAUUAUAUACCACCCAUGUCAAACGAUGUCUAAUUUUAGAACGUAUUUUAGUCAGAUAUUUUUAUAAAAUGACUACUCCAUUUUUGUGGUACACUACUCUACUGUGUAGUGACUUUGCAUAACUGACCUUCAUUAAACAGUCACCAGAAUAAAAACAUUUCUUUUGCUUGCCUUGA